CGAAAACAGUUGCAGCGCUCGCAACGUGUAUAGUUUGUAGAUUUUUUUCGAUGCUGCAACCAACACAAAGACAUUGUUAAUUCUUUGCUUUAAAUCGUGACAAUAGUUCUUAUUUAACAACUCGAUCAGUUCACAUCUAACACUAUUUGGAUAUUGGUAUAAAAGUUAGGACCAAAUCUAAAAUAAUUUUGUGUUACCAAUAUAUAUAUUUAAAACAUCUUUUAAAAUAUUUUCAAAUAUUAUCAUUUUAAUUUGGAGAUUAAGCACUAAAACCUGACAAAAUGAGCGAUGAAUUAACUAAGGAGCAAACUGCUUUACUACGAAACGCAUUUAAUGCUUUUGAUCCAGAAAAAAAUGGCUACAUUAAUACAGCCAUGGUUGGCACGAUUCUCAGUAUGUUGGGUCAUCAACUUGAUGAUGCUACUCUUGCUGACAUUAUCGCUGAAGUCGAUGAAGACGGAUCCGGCCAAAUUGAAUUUGAAGAAUUUACGACAUUGGCCGCCCGGUUUCUUGUUGAAGAGGACGCCGAAGCUAUGAUGGCUGAAUUAAAAGAAGCUUUUCGACUUUACGACAAAGAAGGGAAUGGCUAUAUCACUACUGGCGUUCUUCGUGAAAUUCUGCGAGAGUUAGACGAUAAAUUAACUAAUGACGAUCUAGAUAUGAUGAUUGAGGAAAUUGAUUCCGAUGGAUCGGGCACUGUUGAUUUCGAUGAAUUCAUGGAAGUAAUGACUGGUGGCGAUGAUUAACAAUUUCUCAAGGGAUACCUUUUAAAACUCUUUUUAAAAUAACCAAAAUUUUGCUUUUAAAAGUAAUAUUUUAUCUAAAGUCAUAUGAAAUUAUAAAUUUAACGUUCUUAACAAAAACUUU